AUGACGUUGGAUAAUCGGCCGAGAGCAGUGCUGUUGGAGGAGAUGGACUCGGACUUCGAUUCGGUUCCAGUGGUCAUGGAAUAUUUCAGGGUCCUGGAUGUAAAGGGUGUUCGGGACUUCAUAUGGAGGGAGGAUAGCUGUAUUGUGCGCUUCGAGAGCCGAUGGGCUGCUGAAGAGUUCGUUAAGCAAUCGACUAAAUUCCCUUUUAAAUGUUCCUAUCUAGCUAACGAGACAGCGGAUGCAGCGGCUAAGGUGACGGAGCCAAUGCAGCCUCUUCCUCCUGGUGCUGGUGCAGUGAUUGGCGCCGAGGUCCCAGAGGAUGAUGAACAGCCUGUUGGACAAGUUGCUGAUGGGGAAGGGAAGCAACAGGUGGUGGCUGAGGAGGAGGAGGAAGUGGAGGUGAUGGAGGUUGGAGAAGAAGAGGAUAGACCA